AUGGGAAAAUUCAGUACGUACAGGUAUUUAGAGCUAAAAGAUGAUACCUCAAACUCACAUAUCAAUGUAAGAAGAAGCCUGAAGCAGCCUCGGAGAUUCAAAAAGGUCUUCAUUUUUUUGAUAGCUUUAGGACUAUGCGGCACAUAUUUAUUGGGUCUUUUCGCGGGCCAGACACAGUGGUUCGAUGGCAUCGCGAAGAGUCUCGGUUACGAGAGCAUCACCCACCACGCUGUCAUCAUUGACGCUGGAUCCUCAGGGUCCAGGGUCUUAGCUUAUAAGUUUAGGGUGCCAUUCACAGUAUUCGGUCCAACCAGCCUAGAUCUAGUAGAUGAAUAUUUCGAAGAAACCAAGCCGGGCCUUUCUUCUUAUGUCGACGACCCUAAAAAGGGUGCCGAUACAAUAGUCCAAUUGAUAAAAAAGGCGGAAUUUCUCACCCCGGUAGAGAAGCGUCGCUCUACGCCUGUUAUUGUUCGGGCUACGGCCGGGUUGAGGCUCCUACCCGCUGAUAAAGCCAAACAACUUGUACAAGAAGUCGCCGAUGCAAUAGCCAAACUUGGCUACGAUGUGGGACCGAACAGUGUUGAAAUAAUGGACGGAUCCGAUGAAGGAAUCUUCAUUUGGUACACCGUUAAUUUAUUACAUAAUCUGAUAGGAGGAGAAACUAUGGCUGCUUUGGACCUCGGUGGCGGUUCGACUCAGAUAACCUUCCAACUGAGUGAUGAGGAUACAAAAAUGUAUCCGGCAGCUGAUCAGUUCGUGGUACCAGCUGGUGAUAAUAUCACCUUGUAUACUCACAGUUACUUGAACUUGGGUCUUCUGGCGGCCAGACACGGGGUAUUUAAGCAGGAAGCAGGCGAUAAUGACACGAAUGAGUUUGUCUCAGUGUGCGUUGACCCUAUCGUUCAAAAGGAGAAAUGGACGUACGCUAACAAACAGUAUAUUAUUAGUGGCGCCCCCCGGCCCGAAGGCAUGAAGCGCGAAGCUGUGUACAAGCGAUGUCACGCGGCUGUCACACGAUACGUGGAGCGGACACUCGACUGGGUCCCGCGUCGUGCUCCAAGUGGAAGCGUCGCAGCCAUGAGCUAUUUCUAUGACGUGGCCGCUGAUGCUGGACUCAUAGACGUAAUGGCGGGCGGGCAAGUGUCAGUGACUGCGUACCGUUCGGCGGCGAGACGGGCGUGUUCCGCGUCCAACGUGGAACAGCCAUGGGCCUGCAUCGACCUGGUGUAUAUGGUUGCCUUAUUGCACGAUGCCUAUAAGAUACGCGAUGAAGAACCUAUUUCGCUGUUUAAGAAAGUGAACGGUCACGAAGUGUCGUGGGCUUUGGGGCUGGCGUACACGACGGCUAUGAACAAAAUAACAACGGCCCCGGCCGCUUAG